AUGCGUUUGAACGAGAAUUCGGCCCCCGUGCAAGCGGAGUCUGCCCUGCUCAGUCGCCGACGCCGCCGUAAAUCAAUGCCCUCGCGCAACGGAGAUCCAACCUCACCCGAAGUCAUUUCGUCGCUCAUCUCGUCUCUCUCGGCCAUAUCGGUACCUCUGAACUCCCACUUUGAUACCGUCCCCAAGAUCGAUACGGAUUCCGAACCUGGGCUGCCUGAGGUACCCCGUACCGCCCCGGUCUACUCGGUCCCCCCAUCCGAACAACAUGGGUUUGGUAUGAGCUACGGUGCAUACAAACCAACCACGGAGCCGCCAGAACCACCCGCCCCAUUCUUGCACCCUGAUGAUGCGGCUUCAUCGCCUGUCAUUCGCAUGGCCAGGGCGCCCCCGUCACCAAAGUCUCCUCGAUCUCCAAGAUUCAAACCGUUCAGAUCCGACUCGACUCGUCCCGCCUCGAGAGACUCAUUCGCGUCUACUAUAGCUCCGGAGGAGGCAUCGUUUGGUACCAUCAGCACAGAGCCCGGUCCUCGCCUGUCAGCCGCGCCAAGUAUUGCAUCAACGAGUUCGGCAGGUCGAGCACGGAGCCUGAAGGGCCCAUUUGGCUUGCUAAAGAAAUCGUCUUCGCGCGAAUUUUCGACCGAGAGGGAUCCGCAGAUAGAGCGUCUACGACGGACGAUCAGCCACAACGACGGGCUGAGGCAUAACGUUCCGCGCAGCCGAGCGAGUUUGCGCUCAUUGCACUCCAUGGCGGAAGUCAACGAAGAGUCGCGCCCUGCGGACCUGAAAGAAGAUGUGUUCGAGGAGAAGGCUGGAACUCCACCUACUCAUGACCUACAAUCGCUCCACACCCCAGAUGCUGGGAGCCCCGGCGGGAUCGGCAGUGGGAGAAUCAUUCCUACCCGGGACUCAUCUGUGCGGCAUCGACAUAGUCAAUCGUCAGGUUCAAGAAAGCAUCGAUCUACGCGUCACAGCAGAUUUCCCUCGACGGCUAGCAAAGAAUCAGCUGCGGCAAACGGGCUGCCUGGAACGAGCAACGAUGCCGAGCAGGUGACAAAGCGGAUCCAAGAAUUGAAAGACCAGCAGCAAAAGAUCAAGACCGAGUUGGAGGCUGACAAUAGCCCUGAAAGCUCGGCGAAGACGACACCGGUCAAAUCAGUGAAGCCCAAGAUCUCGAAAGCGUCGCGUGUACUAGGCCACGAUGUCAACCAAGCUCUAAUCCACGAUGGGCCUCGUGAUUGUCCACCGCUGGAAGAAAGUGCCCCAUCGCCAUCUGUAAUGACGGGAAAGAGCCGUGGCACACGACCGGGCCCACCUCUCUCGUCCAAGUCCACCAACUUGCCGCCUCUAUUACCGAAAAUGUCUGGGGAGAGACCGGAAUCCGAGAGGGCUCGAUACAGAAGAUCUCUCGAGCCUGUUGCCCCAAUCCAACAUCGCCGCACUCCAUCCGGUCAUCUCUCGCAUGUGUCGCACGUGUCUAAUGGACGUCGGUCGUUUAGCACUGAACGGCCAUCCAGUGCAGAUUCGAUUGAUCUUGCAGUUGACGACUAUAUCUUCUCUCCGAAAUUGACCCAGAGGGUGACCCAUCCGACCAGUGGCCGCUCCAUUGCAUUUUCUGAGGUCGGCGACCCUAAAGGCCAUGUUGUGCUUUGCUGCGUCGGCAUGGGCCUCACCCGGUACCUCAUGGCGUUCUACGAUGAAUUGGCCCGGACCCUGAAUCUACGCCUGGUGACAUUAGAUCGCCCGGGAGUUGGCGAGAGCGGGCCGCAUCAAGUUGACGAGCCCAAUGCCCCUCUCAACUGGCCAGAUGAUGUCGCUAUCGUAUGCAACCACCUGCGGGUAACCAAGUUCUCUAUUCUCGCCCAUUCCGCCGGAGCAAUCUAUGCCCUUGCAACGGCCCUCCGCAUUCCCCAACAUAUCCGCGGUCGCAUUCACCUCCUGGCUCCAUGGAUACCGCCAUCCCAGCUGUCCACACUCGGCUCGCAAAAGGACCCUGCACCAAGCAACGCAGUCCCUUAUACCCAAAAGAUCCUCCGCGCCCUUCCCACUUCCCUUCUGAAAGUUGCCAACUCAAGCUUCAUGACCGCAACCAGCGCCAGCAUCACCGCCAGCCUUCCCAAGUCUCCGCGUCGAUCCAAGCGCAAAACCGCGAAAGAAGUCAACAAUCCCAUUGUCCCACAGAUCCCCCCAAUCGAGACCAACUUCCACCGAGAAGAGACAUUGCCCGACAUCAAGUCAUCAGUGGUGACAACCUCGCACCACAAAAGCGAUACCACCCUCGCAUUGCGCGCCAAGCACUCGGAAGAAGAGAUUGAGCGCAAGCGUGACUAUGAUACCCGUCUCACAUACAAGAUCUGGGAACGCGCAACUAUGAACGCCAACCCAUCUGUUGACCUGCUCAUUUGUCUCGAGCGCCGCCAAACCAUCGGCUUCCGCUAUGUGGACAUAACCCGAUCUGUCGUGAUUCACCAUGGCCGCAAAGACCCCCGAGUCCCAGUUGAAAACGUGCAAUGGCUCGGCAAAACCAUGCGACGUUGUGAAGUUCGGAUCUUGGAAGGUGAAGGCCAUGGCCUCAUGGCCUCCGCUGGUGUCAUGGGUAACGUCCUGACGGAGAUAGCCAGGGAGUGGGAAGAUUGGACGACUCUGGUUCAAGGCAAACGCCGUACUAAUCAUGCAAGACCUGGACUAUCGAUCCAGACUUGA